CAUCCUGCAUCAGCAGCACGUAGUAAAUAACAGAAGCAUUGUCCUACACUCAGCGAGCACGUCUGCGUCAACUUUUUUUUGCCUUCAUUUUUUUAUUUGCAUGAAUUUUAGUCUUUCUCUGGACAAUCAAAUCUAAGUGUUGUCCACAAGACUGAAAAUGGAGGAGAUCCAGAUUGAGUCAAAACCUCUGCUUGUAGAGAAGGACCUCCAGGGACUGAGAGAGGCUGUCCAGCAACUGGAAAUAAAGGAGCAUGAUGUGGAGACCCCUUAUGGGAGGGUCCACUGUACCAUGAAGGGAGUACCUAAAGGAGACCGACCUGUCAUUCUCACCUUUCACGACAUUGGGCUGAACCACAAAACGUGCUUCGACACCUUGUUCAACCACGAAGACAUGCAGGAGAUCAUGCAACACUUUGCUGUGUGCCAUGUGGAUGCACCAGGACAGCAGGAGGGUGCCAACACCUUCUCCACUGGGUAUGAGUACCCUUCCAUGGACCAGCUAUCAGAGACUCUUCCUGUGGUCCUCAAACAUUUUGGUCUUAAGAGUGUGAUUGGAAUGGCCGUUGGAGCCGGAGCCUACAUUCUUGCAAAGUUUGCUCUGGACUACCCUGCUAUGGUGGAGGGUAUCGUUUUGAUCAACAUCAACCCAUGUGCUGAGGGAUGGAUGGACUGGGCAGCUCAUAAGAUCACUGGAUGGACUCAUGCGAUGCCAGAUAUGAUCAUCAGCCACCUAUUUGGAAAGGAGGAAAUUCAGCAGAACCAUGACCUUAUUGCCACUUACCGCCACCACAUUUUGAAUGACAUGAACCAGUACAACCUGCAUCUCUUUGUCAAGUCCUACAACAGCCGGAGGGACCUAGAAAUUGAGAGGCCUGUUCCAGGUGGAACCAUCAACGUCAGAACCAUUAAGUGCCCCUCUCUUCUAGUGGUUGGAGACAGCUCCCCUGCAGUGGACGCUGUGGUGGAGUGCAACACCAAGCUGGACCCAACCAAAACCACACUGCUCAAGAUGGCGGACUGUGGAGGCUUGCCCCAGGUUGACCAGCCUGGAAAGCUGACAGAAGCCUUUAAGUACUUCAUCCAGGGCAUGGGCUACAUGCCUUCUGCCAGCAUGACCCGCCUGGUCCGCUCCCGCACAGCCUCUGGCUCCAGUGUCACCUCUUUCGAUGGCAACCGCAGCCGGUCACACACCAGUGAUGGCAACCGCAGCCGGUCACACACCAACGAGGGCAGGGGCCGCUCCCACACUUCUGAAAACCAGCGUGGCCGCUCCCACACAGACACCAUGGACACCUCUGUGGACCAGGCUGUGCUCAAGUCCACUGAAGUGUCAUGCUAGAGCGGCCCCUCCCUCCAGUACACCCCACCACACACUUCCUUUAACCCCUGAUCUGUGUGUGCUGCGCUGCCACUAAAACUAACAUGCCAGGGCGUGCAGGCCACCAGCUUUUGGGUCCACCUUCAAAGCCCCUGCAAUAGUCAACAUUGUGUCUAGGCCAAAGAGUCCAUCUGCCAUGGCAUUUAAGGGUGUUCACUGGCCAAUGCUGUGGGGGAGAUAGAAAAAUGAGGGGGAGGCUGAUUUGCUCCCUUAUUCUGUUCACUCGCCCUGUUUGAGGGUGGCUUUAUUGUUCUUAGGGGCAACGCAGCACAGAGACACUGUGAUGGAGAUGGUCAGAGUGCUUUGCUCUUGAGGGAGCAUAAGAGUUUGUAAAUUUAUGUUCUCAUCUCAUUUAUCUUCCAUAUACUUUCUUUGCAUUUACUUGACUGUAGUGUCACUUACCACCCGAAUGACUGUAAAUGGCUUACUUUUGUAACUGUGAUAUUAUAUUUGCUUAUUAGUUUUACUACAUGAUUCAUUUCUGUAUAUGUUGAAAAGACUGCAAUGAGUGAUGACAGGAUAGGUUGGUUAUGGGGAAGCAUUUUUCUACAAUGCUACCUACCUUUAAAAAAUUAAGGGACACGCACAGACUAUUUUCCUCUUCAUUUAUCUCUGUGGGAUUACCCUGCGUUUUGGGGUUAUAUUUGUAACCCAUUGAUUGUUUUGUGUGUGUGUGUUGGUUUUUUUUUUUUUUUUUUUUUUUUUUAAAUAUCAGUGAUUUCAAGAUCAAAUGAUUGUAAGCGGCACAUUCAGAGCAUUCCAGGAGAGGUGAUGCCUGUCUUUCUUUAAAAUGAAACAAAAAUAAACAAACUGUAGGCUACACAAGUAUAGGGUUUGUACCUGUAUGCUGAAUAUCCAGAUAAUUGAUUUAUGCACCAUUAAUGGUGUGGACCUUAAUGAUCAUUUCUAUGCAAUUAAGCACCACAGAACAAAAUGUGCCAUGGAAUCCACUGCUUGUUUCUUCUUUGUGGUGAUUUGGAAAGGGCAAAGGGGGAGAGAUGGUAACGCAGCUACUCCUGUACUACUUGCACUACAGCAAAGACUUGCAGGCUUUGUAGGAUAUCUAGCUUUGUAAAGAUGCACAACAACCCACUGCAGCGCACACUAUACAUUUUUAAUGGGAUAACAGUUUGUAUUUAUUUACAAAAGAAAAUAAAAAAAUUUAACUCCUGUC